CAGCAGCUAGACAAAAGCGACCUCACUGAGCAUCAUACCAACACGAAAAAGGAGGUUAGAACUCACCUUUUCUUCUUUCCCUCUUAAUCUCCUCGGCCGUCAAAUGCCUUCCCUCCUUCAAAACAACCACCUGGGGUCCUUCUUCCCCUCCUCCCCCGAAUACAUCUCCCCAUUCAUCAUCAUCGUCGUCAUCUUCCCGUUCCCCCGCUUCGUCGCCGCUACCAGUCGCCCACUGACCUUUGUCCGGGCGUUCUGGCAGAGGCUCCCGCCCCCCUCGAGAAGAGGCAGACGACGGAGGGGGAGCUUGGGGUUUACCAAAGUUUUGGAGGAAAGAGGGUUUUUGAGCGACGUAUGUGAGUCCAGCGGAGUACUGAUGUUUGGUGAGACCUCUCUCGCGUGGGGCCAUGUUUGCGGUUGCGAUGGUGAUGGGGAAAAGAGUAGAAUGCGAGAUGGAUGUGGAGGUGUAAAGAAAAUGUCGCUGGAUGUUGUUGCCCCGACACUGGCGUUCUUCGUCUCGUUCAGCUCUGUACUUCCGGCACGACAGUCGAAAGCUUUAUCCAAUGUCCAUCUAUGGCUGGAGAGUAUGGAUUAUAGGGACAGAAUGGAUGUGAGUACGGAUAUAUCGGUAUAAUCGGCCACAGCUCGCUGCUUUCCGCUGUGUCCACGACGAACCAUACAUUCCCUUGUCCAUCUUCCAACUAUUCUCCAUGCACCAUCCUCUCAGUUGAUAUGCACCUCCUCAAGACAUCCACAAAGUCGGUUAUCACCACUACACUCUGCUAUAGCAAGAGAUCAAUCACCAUGAAGAGCUUUGCAGAUUCCUCAUUCGACGUCGAGAGAUAUCUCAGCUGUCGACCAUCAUACCCACAAGAAGCAUACGACAUCAUUCUCGCCUACCAUUUCCACUUCCCACCCAACCGCUCCGGCCUUAAAGGUGGUAACACCCGUCUCCUCGACCUAGGCUGUGGACCAGGCUUCAUAGCGUCCACCUUGGCACCCCAUUUCGAGCAUACCUUGGGGUUGGAUCCGUCCCAGAAGAUGGUUCAAGUUGGCUUGCAGCCUGUGCGAGGUGGAAAGGUAGAAUAUAGAGUAGGGAAUGCGGAGGAUCUGGAUAAUGCGGGUGUGGGUGUAGGUGAUCACGGUGUGGAUCUGGUCGUUGCCGGACAAGCGGCGCAUUGGUUUGACCAUUCAAAAGUAUGGCCCCAGCUGACUAAACAUGUCAGACCAGGUGGGACUGUCGCUUACCUCGGCUACGCCGAACUCCUCUUCCCAUCGCACCCCCACCUCACUCAUCUUUUCACUCGCUUUUCCUCUUCCCCUCCGCCCCACGGGAUUGGGCCCUACUGGUCCCAGCCGGGGAGGGGGAUUGUAGAAGGGCUAUUGGAUCGAGUUCCAUUUCCUGUCAAACCCGGGCCGGGGCCGAGGCGGGCGGAGGUGGAGGAGGUGGAGAGGGUAGUAGGGAGACGACCGGUGAUGAUGAUUGACGAGCCGGCGCUGGAUCCAAAGCCCUUUUCAGAUACGCUUGAAUGGUAUGAGGCAGAGUGGGCACCGGAAACAGCCGUCCGAAUCCGACAUACCCCUUCAUCCCCAUUCCUUAUGCGCCAACAUUGGACGCUCGCGCAACUUGAAGCCUAUCUCCGUACGUUUUCCGCGACACACGAGUAUUGGAGGGCGAACCCCCAAGACGAAGCAAAGGGGAAGGUGGAGCUAAAAGUGAAGACGGGAGAAGGGGAUGUGGUAGAUCGGUUUAUGGCGGUGAUUAAAGAAGCGUUUGAAAAAGAAGGGGUGGUGGAUAGAGAUGGGAAAGGGAGUUUUGAUGUAGCUUGGCCGUUGGUGUUGAUGAUGAUCAAGAAGAAUGUCUAGUCUCAAGAGCUUUUUCUAGUGUCAUGUUCUGAAACGUAGUAGUUUUCUUCUUUUUAAUGACUUGGUGACUAAAUA